CAAGAUGUCCUUCGAGCGAGCCAGGCUCAGCAUGAGGAGCCGCAGAAACGGCAAUUUGGGCAGCACCCGGACCCUGUACUCCAGUGUGUCUCGGAGCAUAGACGUGUCCUACAGUGACAGUGAUUUGGUGAAUUUUAUUCAGGCAAAUUUUAAGAAACGGGAAUGUGUCUUCUUUACGAGAGACUCCAAGGCCAUGGAGAGUGUAUGCCAGUGUGGCUAUGCCCAGAGCCAGCACAUUGAAGGCACCCAGAUCAACCAAAAUGAGAAGUGGAACUACAAGAAACACACCAAGGAGUUGCCCACAGAUGCCUUUGGUGACAUCCAGUUUGAGACUCUGGGCAAGAAAGGCAAGUAUAUCCGUUUAUCCUGCGACACGGACUCCGAAACCCUCUAUGAACUGCUGACCCAGCAUUGGCACCUCAAAACACCCAACCUGGUCAUUUCAGUGACUGGUGGCGCCAAAAACUUCGCCUUGAAGCCACGCAUGCGCAAGAUCUUCAGCCGGCUGAUUUACAUUGCACAGUCUAAAGGUGCUUGGAUUCUUACUGGAGGCACUCAUUACGGUCUGAUGAAGUACAUAGGUGAGGUGGUGAGAGAUAACACCAUCAGCAGGAAUUCAGAAGAGAACAUCGUGGCCAUUGGCAUAGCAGCAUGGGGCAUGGUCUCCAACAGGGACACCCUCAUCAGGAACUGCAAUGAUGAGGGAUAUUUUUCAGCCCAAUACAUCAUGGAUGACUUCAAGAGAGACCCUCUGUACAUCCUGGACAACAAUCACACCCACCUCCUGCUUGUGGACAACGGAUGUCACGGACACCCCACAGUGGAAGCCAAGCUCAGGAAUCAGCUGGAAAAGUACAUCUCUGAGCGUACCAGUCAAGGUCAGCAGCGGGGACCCAAAGGCCAGCCAUGA